CCAGCUCCACCAUCCACCCUAUCAACCCCGCCUUUACCUUUAGGUGAUUUUUGAUUGAUUUCGUUCUUGUAAUUUUUUUUGAAACGUAAAAAUCUAAUGUCAAACUGUCACCUAAAAUAUGGGUAAAGAUUAUUACAAAAUAUUAGGCAUUCAUAAGGGCGCUAACGAUGAUGAAAUAAAGAAGGCUUAUAGGAAGCUGGCUCUACAAUUUCAUCCCGAUAAAAAUAAAUCGCCGGAAGCCGAAGAAAAAUUUAAGGAAGUCGCCGAAGCUUAUGAAGUCCUUUCAGAUAAAAAGAAGCGGGACAUCUACGACGCUUACGGCGAAGAGGGCUUAAAAGGUGGCGUGCCAAGCGGGGCGGGUUUCGAUGGUGGCCAUUUCACGUAUACGUUUCACGGUGACCCCAGAGCGACUUUUGCUCAAUUUUUUGGAAACGUUGAUCCCUUCCAGGACUUUUUCGGUUUCUAUGGAGGCGAAACCGGCCAACAACACGAUCCCUUCCAUCAUUUCUUCCAAAUGAAUACCGGUCAAAUGCCGGCGUCUUGCCAGCAAGAUCCCUCGAUAGAACGAGAGUUGUAUAUACCGUUAGAAGAUAUAUUGACAGGUUGUACGAAAACCAUGAAGAUCAAUAGAAAAGUAAUAAGGAACAACAGAAUAGAGCGGGAGGAUAAAAUGUUAACGGUAAACGUAAAACCGGGAUGGAAGGCGGGAACGAAAGUAACGUUCCCGAAGGAAGGCGAUCAGGAUACCGGCAACGUUCCAGCCGAUAUAGUUUUCGUGAUUAGAGAUAAACCGCAUAGAAUUUUCAAAAGGGAAGGCAGCGAUAUUAGGACAACGAUCAAACUCAGUCUGCGGGAUGCUCUGACGGGAUGCGUGGUCCAAGUGCCGACCCUAUCGGGAAAGUAUCUCCAUUUGGACUACAAGAAAGACAUCAUCUCACCGGAUACCGUGUCUAAGUUAAACGGAGAGGGAUUGCCUUUCCCUAAGGAACCUUCAAGACGAGGAGAUUUGUUGGUGAAUUAUAAUAUACGGUUUCCGACUUCGUUGUCCGUGAAAACGAGGAAAGUAUUGACGGAGGUGCUGCCCUCUUAGUCUUCGAUGGGGUUUUAGGUUUUUUUUUUGUGAAUAUAGUUAAGUUGAAAUUGUAAUAAAAGUAUUAUGUUGUUU